UUGGCGAGGUUCAAUGUUGAAAAAGGAUCCUACCUGGUAACCGCGGAGAAAAGAGACAACUCCUCCUGCGCCUGUUUGGUAACGGAAAAAAAAAGGCGCUAAAACAUAUAUAGACAUCUCCCCGAAAAGUCGUCCGAGAAUUUUCUGAGUCUUCUUCUCUUUUCACCUUCAUUCAUUCAUUCCAUCAUCACCUCUCUCUCUAUAGACAUAUCCACUGUUCACAUAUACCGGAAUUGGUACUGAUUUGGGCUUGAAUUCUUUCAAUAGUAAUGGGCGGGAUUCUGAACAUGGUGAAGAAGCCGCCUAAAGUACAGCAUGUGGAUAUAGUUUUUCCCAACAACCAUCACGAAUAUGGUGACAAAGGGUCUGACAAAGGACUCAAUGAUGCGUUUCCUUGCUUUCCUAAGCGGACUGCUGCUCCAAAGGUUUCAGAAGCAAGUUCACUUUUGGGCUGGGGUAUCAAAAUUCUAGACAAGCUUGGUAGUGGCAUGAAAAAUUUGAGCUCAACUGAUUUUGUCGUUCCACAAAAAGGGAAUAAAAUUUCAAUUUUGGCUUUUGAAGUAGUGAAUACAAUUGUGAAGGGUGGCAACCUAAUGCAAUCCCUUUCAGAGGAUAACAUAAGACAUUUAAAGGAGGUGGUGUUACCAUCAAAAGGGGUGCAAACUUUAAUAUCUACAGACAUGGAUGAGCUCCUGAGAAUUGCUGCUUCUGACAAGAGAGAAGAACUGAAAUUAUUCAUCAGAGAUGUGGUGCGCUUUGGAAACUAUUCGAAAGAUCCAACGUUUCAUAAUCUGGAUCUCUACUUUAAGAAGAUUGGUUCAGAUGAUACGCAACAGAAGCAUUUUAAGAAGCAAGCGCAGACAGAUAUGAAAGAAUUGAUGGCUUUAGUUCAAUCAACAGCAGAAUUAUGUCAUGAGUCGCACUUGCUGGAGAAAAUGGAACAAGAUUAUCUGCAAAAGCAUAGUUUAAAUGCUAGAAGAGGAGACCUUGAAAUUGCAAGAGCGAAGCAAGAGAAGCAAGUGAAGCUUGUAAGCAGUUUGAAGAACAAAUCACUCUGGUCUAAGACUUUUGAAGAGGUUGUGCAGAAGCUUGUAGACGUUGUACACUUAUUACAUGUAAUGAUUCAUGAAGCUUUUGGCAGUGCUGCUGAAGAACCAGUGGAAAAUUCUGAGAGGAACUAUAAGAAGUUGGGGCCUGCUGGUAUUGCAUUACAUUAUGCAAGUAUUAUUUCACAAAUUAACACACUCGUGUCUCUGUCUCGAUCAAGUUCGGUGGCUCAAAAGUUGAGGGAUACUUUGUAUCAAGGGCUGCCAUCCAGUGUAACGUCAGGUUUGCGCUCAAAAUUACAGUUAGUUGAGCUCACCAUACCUCAAAUCAAAGCUCAAAUGGGGAAAACAUUGGAGUGGCUUGUUCCCGUUGCAUGUAACACAACCAAAGCUCUUCAUAACUUUGGCUGGGUCGGAGAGUGGGAAAAUGCAGAGUUUGAGGCACGCUGGAAAUAUAGUCACCAGACUGGCAUUCUGAUGAUUGAGACACUACACCAUGCUGAUAAGGCAGUAACUGAAGCUUAUAUCUGUCAACUUAUCGUUUGGCUACACCAUCUGAUGAGCCAGGCGGGGGCUGGUGUUGGUGGAAUGCCGUCAACUCCUGUUAUUAAUCGGUUAUCUACAGACAACGCCAACUGUUCGUACCCCGUGUUGACACAUGAAGAUCAAGAGAUGCUUCAAGAUGCGAGUAAGAACAACCUGAGGCUUGGAAUGAGUAAGAGUCAGAAUUAUGACACGGGACAGACCAGGUUCUGCAAACGCCAUAGGCUGAGUAAGAGCUGCGGACACUCCCUAGCAAGUGAAACCAGGAAACAUCCAUUCCCCAUUCAGAGUCUGACAUCGAGGCCUCGGCCGAUCGACUUUGAUAUCGACCGGAUCAAACUGUUGGAUGUCAUUGAUGGACUUGACACAACCAAAGGCUCCAAGUAGCUGCAGAUCAACAUGUUCUGUAUAAAGGUCUCAUAUGUGUAAAUUCUUUCUUUCUUUCUUUUCCUUUUUGGUAAGGUUUAAUCCAUCGAUUCAAUUUAAUAAUCAAUGGACCAAAAUAAUUUGACAAAAUUUGAGGGUAUUUCUAUUA